AUGACGUCGAUCCCACACCGGCACACGUACUAUGGGGGCGGGGCGACGCCGCCGGCGGCGACGGGGCCGCUGAGCGGGUCACGUGGGCACGCGGCAGGUCGCAGCAAGAAGAAGCAGGUGACGUUCGGGCCGUACAUCAUUGGGCCGACGCUGGGCGAGGGCGAGUUCGGUAAGGUGAAGCUGGGGUGGUCGAAGGCGCGGCUGGACGGGGACUCGCGCAACGUGGCGAUCAAGCUGAUUCGGCGGGACACGGUGCCGAAGAACUCCGAGAAGGAGAUCAAGAUCUACCGCGAGCUGAACGCGCUGAAGCUGCUGAGCCAUCCGAACAUCGUGCGGCUGGAGGAGGUGCUGCAGAACUCGAAGUACAUCGGGAUCGUGCUGCAGUACGCGUCGGGCGGCGAGUUCUACAAGUACAUCCAGAAGAAGCGGCGGCUGAAGGAGCCGCCGGCGUGCCGCCUGUUCGCGCAGCUGAUCAGCGGCGUGCACUACAUCCACUACAAGGGUCUCGCGCACCGGGACCUGAAGCUGGAGAACCUGUUGUUGGACGAGCACGAGAACCUGAUCAUCACGGACUUCGGCUUCGUGAACGAGUUCCACAAGAACGACCUGAUGCGCACGUCGUGCGGGUCGCCAUGCUACGCGGCUCCGGAAUUGGUCGUGUCUUCCAAGCCGUACUCGGCGCAGAAGGCUGACGUAUGGUCAUGCGGGGUGAUCCUGUACGCGAUGCUUGCGGGGUACCUUCCAUGGGACGACGAUCCCGAGAAUCCGGAGGGCGACGAUAUUGCUAAGCUUUACCAGUAUAUCACGCACACCUCGCUGAAAUUCCCGGAGUAUAUCAAGCCGAUACCCCGCGAUCUGCUCAGACGGAUCCUCGUUUCCAAUCCUGAGGUGCGUCUAACGGUGGCUGACAUAGAACAGCACGCGUGGUUGCAGCCGCACGCGCAGUUUUUGAUGUGGUCACCGAGCGACUGGGAUGCCAAGGCGAAAGCUGAAACAAACAAUCUAUUCAGACAGCCGAGUGCGGUCCACGCCGGGGUCCUGCGCCCCCAGUCCAGCUGCUCUAUCUCAUCAGCGAACUCCAAAGGCGAUAACCGCGGUUCGUUAAUUAUGGAUUCGACACUAAAUCCGCAACCGGUGCCCCCGCAAGAGUUCCAGUCUCAUAUUAUCAUGAAACCUACCUCUCCUUCUAACGGUCUGCGCAAGAUGUCUCCAGUUAGAAGACAUGCCAGGAGCAAUUCCGCUGCGUCGAUUGCUCUACAGGCCGUGGUCGAUGCGGAGCGAGAUUAUUUCAACUCCCCAUCAAUACAUUCGCUACACCACGACUCUCUGUCACAGAAUACAACGCCGCCUUCAUCGGCAGGUAGAGUGCCAACGUAUGCUAUUACACGUUCUGCUACUCAUCACAAUGGCAUUUCAUCUUCGCUAAUGAAUCGCAAUAGUGUUAUCAUCGAGGUGAGCCCACAGAAGGGCUCCGUUCCGCCGGUAAUGAUUCCUGGGAAUAGAGAGUCUUUAAAUGGGCAAGAGAGCGGCGGAAUUGCUAUGGCAGACAUGUCCCAGCGGCCUACCAUUGUUAAGGAUAAAACUUCGAGCCACAUGGUUCCACAGGCUGGCCGGAAGCAAAGACCAACCUCUUAUCAACCAUGCAGUACCACUGCUUUUGCGCAGUCACCCGAUUUGGUAUCUGGGGCUGGUGCACUUGUCCCUAUUAUGGGAAAACAACAACGUGUAUCAACGGCUUCCAAUCCCACAUUUGUCGAUGUUGGCAGAUCGGGUAGCACCCGCAGAUUGCCUGGGCCCAAUAACCAGCUUUUGGAAACUCCGUUCGAAGCUGAUAGACAAAUCGAUGACAAUCCGGUAGUUGAUGAUGCCACUAUUAAAUCUGAUGAUAUGCUACCUUCGACGUUAGAAAUAGUCGCUUACGAUAAUGAGUGUGGAACGAGUCCCGGGUCAAAUGGACAACACAGACGCUAUAGCGCGAUAGUGAUGAGCGAAAUUUACGAGCAGGAAGAGGGCGAACGAAUAUCUUGCGAGCUAAGUUCGCCGAAGAAGAUGGGUUCUGCUCGGCCAGAUUGCUCCACAGCCCGUAUCUCUAUCAACACCCCUAAUAUGGGCCUCCAGAACCGCGAAUGUAUCGUUUCCUCCAGCUCCCCUGAAUCCGACGCUUCCUCAAAACAGAAAUCAGGCAAAACGGACAAGAAGGAUAAGAGAUUCAGCUUGCUUUCAUUUUACUCCUUUUAUAACAACUCCAAGUCUAGCAUUGAUUCUAGCACAGACGCUGUACAACCAACUGGGUUGGUUUUAGAUGUUGUGAAACACCCGAACAUUUCAAGGACGAGCUCUCAGAAGAAGAAUCCUGCGCCAGCUGGCAAUGGCACACAGGCUAUUCCUAGAAGACACAACACCUUACCAAGAGAGGCACAAAGGACACCAGUGGCGUUGAGUUAUGUCUACGCCUCCCUGGAUGUCACACCGAACGCUGGCACUCCUGAGUUGGCCGAUGUGCCCAGUCCUAUAAAUCUUGUGAAGAUGGCAGAGCAACCACAUGGGACGAAACAGCAUGAUCCAUCCACUCCUACACGCUCUGCCACCGUCCACGGCAAAUCGCAGCGAUUAUCGAACAACACGCCGAAGGGUCCGAUUUAUGAAGAUCCCAAGCCCAAGCGCAAGACUAAUAAGGUGUCUCUGAUGGUUUCCUCUAUAAACCCGUCUCAGGCGCCGCAGCCUCCACGGCAGAAAGAACCCAGCACUGCAAGGAAGGUGCUCGAUUUCUUUAAGAGAAGGAGUCUGAGAAUAUAG